CUCCCUCCCCUCGCCUCCUGCCAAUGUCGCCUUUGAGCAACUCUCCGGAAGUCUAGCGGGCUUUUUAUUGCGGGACGAGACCGAGCGGCUGGUGGAGACGGAGAACCAUGGAAAGUACAGAAACGUGGGAUGCAGAACCCAAUGGGAUCAUGAUUGUACCAGAGGCAGUAAAAGAAGAAACUGAAGAAGAAGAAGAAAGAGAAGAAGGAGAAGAGCUACAGGACAGGGGCCAAUGGGCCAAUAAAGUAGAGUUUGUAUUGUCUGUUGCUGGGGAGAUCAUUGGUCUGGGAAAUGUUUGGAGGUUCCCUUAUCUUUGCUACAAGAAUGGAGGUGGUGCUUUUUUCAUCCCUUACCUCAUCUUCCUCUUCGCCUGUGGGAUUCCCGUCUUCCUCUUAGAGACAGCCCUUGGGCAAUACACAAGUCAGGGUGGGAUCACCGCCUGGAGAAAGAUCUGUCCUAUCUUUGAAGGAAUUGGAUAUGCCUCGCAAGUCAUCGAAUCCUACCUGAAUAUCUACUAUAUUGUCAUUUUGGCUUGGGCCCUGUUUUACCUAUUCAACUCCUUUGCUGCUGUUCUCCCUUGGGCCAGCUGCAAUAAUACCUGGAAUACAGAGCGCUGUGUGGCCUCGCCGAACAGCUCCAAUUUGCCAAAUGUGACUGCGACAUCUGGCUCCACCUCCCCAGUCAUCGAGUUCUGGGAGAAUCGAGCCUUGAAAAUAACGGACGGCAUACAUAAUCUGGGCACCGUGCGGUGGGAGUUGGCACUCUGCCUCUUACUUGCCUGGAUCAUCUGUUACUUCUGCAUCUGGAAAGGAGUCAAGUCCACUGGCAAAGUAGUCUACUUCACUGCCACCUUCCCCUAUGUGAUGCUAUUUGUCCUGUUGAUUCGAGGUGUCACUCUAGAUGGUGCCAAGGAAGGGAUCAUUUUCUACUUGAAUCCAGACUUCUCUAGAUUGAAAGACCCCCAGGUAUGGAUGGAUGCAGGAACUCAGAUUUUCUUUUCUUAUGCCAUUUGCCAAGGAUGCCUGACAGCCUUGGGAAGCUACAACAAGUACAACAACAAUUGCUAUCGGGAUUGCUUUAUGCUGUGCUUCUUGAAUAGUGCCACCAGCUUUGUGGCUGGCUUUGCUAUUUUCUCUGUACUGGGCUUCAUGGCAAAAGAACAGGGUGUCCACAUCUCUGACGUUGCAGAAUCAGGUCCUGGCCUAGCAUUCAUCGCCUACCCGAAAGCUGUAACCAUGAUGCCUGUGUCUCAGCUGUGGUCCUGCUUAUUCUUCAUUAUGCUGAUCUUCUUGGGGUUGGACAGUCAAUUUGUCUGUGUUGAGAGCUUGGUCACAGCCAUCGUGGAUAUGUUCCCAGAAGUCUUCCGUAAGAAAGGGCGCCGGGAGCUGCUCAUCCUGGCCAUUGCAGUGAUCUGCUACCUACUUGGCUUGUUUCUGGUCACUGAGGGUGGGAUGUAUAUCUUUCAGCUGUUUGAUUAUUAUGCAGCCAGUGGAACAUGCCUACUCUUUCUUGCUGUCUUUGAAGUCAUCUGUGUUGGAUGGGUUUAUGGAGCAGAUCGUUUUUAUGACAACAUUGAAGAUAUGAUUGGCUAUCGGCCAUGGCCUCUGGUUAAGUUCUGCUGGCUUUUCUUGACACCUGCAGUUUGUCUGGCAACAUUCCUGUUUUCGCUCAUUAGAUACACACCACUCAAAUAUAACAACUUAUAUGAAUAUCCACCAUGGGGAAUCACUGUUGGCUGGUUGAUGGCACUCUCCUCGAUGAUCUGCAUCCCGUCCUACGUUAUCUUCAUCCUCCUGAAAACAAAAGGCACAUUCAAGCAGCGUUUGCGUCAACUCACGACCCCAGCAGAAGACUUGCCCCGACCAAAGAAGCACCAGAUUGCCUUCUCUUCAUCGCACCCGCAUUCAGCCAGGGAAGUGCUUGUCACAACAGAAAAAGAAACCAACUUCUAGAAAUCAAUGAGAACUACAGUUUUGUGUCCAGAAAGGUGCUUCUUUUCUAGCAGCUUCUGUUUACAUCUAGGAUCAGAUUUCCUCAGGUCUUCUCUGCCUACCUGGAGCUGGAUCACUUAAGACUGGUAACAUCUUCUCUUCAUACUCAACAUAGUACCUGAUUGGAUCAGCUGGAACAAGUUCUAUACUUGGUUUUCAGAGCUGAAAGUUGCCAGUAGACUGUUUCUGGAGAGAUUUUCCUAGUUUUUCUGAAAACUUCCUUUCUCCGUCCCAGAAAAAAAAAUGUCACUUUUUAGAAUUUUAUUCACAUAGUCUUCACCAUUUUACUACUGUUUAUUGUGGGCUGCCAUUCAUUUUCAUCCCCCUCGUACACAUAAUUUAUCCCAAAUUAUGGAUGAUACAAAAUGAAAGCCGGGCUGACAACACAGUUCCUGCUGUUAUCAUUUGUAGCAGCAAAUGAAAUGUAGUUAAGAAAAAAAAAAGUAAGCUGUGCUUCUUCCUGCCAUUAAUCUAUUGGAUCCAGAGCUCACAGUACAAAGCCAUGGGACUUUUUGUUUAAAAGUGACUCUGGUAUCAUGUGCUAACCUCCUUGGACAGUCCUGUUUCUUCAAAGUUUAGUUGCAAUCCUCACUAUACCAAGAGGGAAAAUGGGUUUCGCCAGCAACAGUGUAUUGUUAUGAGCUAUUUCCAUCCAAAGCACAGUAGAGUAUCACUUAUCCGACCUUUGCUUAUUUGACGGCCAAUGCUCUUAUCCAAAGGAGGGAAGAUGCAGGACCGGAAGCAUCCUCCCCUCUGUGAUUUUCACGCUGAGCAUACCUUCUGGUGUGAGCAAGGAGCAGCGAGGAGGAGAGCAGGUGGUGAGAAAAGCAGGCGGUAUCGGCUGGGGCUGCUACCUUCCCCUCCCCUGGGCCUUGCAGCACUUCUUUUCCGGGGCCUUACAUUUUUCUCAGGUCUUGUGGCCCACUUCUGGGCCUGUUGCUUCCUUUUUCCUCUCUGGGGCUUUUUCCUGAGCAUCGAGGCCUGUUGCUCCAUGAGGCCUGGCUCCCUCCUUUCCAAAGGCCUCGCAAAGCACCCGGGCUGGCUGACCCCUCCCCAGAGGCCUUGCAAAGCACCCAGGCUGGCUGCCCCCUUUCCAGAUGCCUCGCAAAGCACCCAAGCUGGCUGACCCCUUCCCAGACGUCUCACAAAGCACCUGGACCUGGCCGACUCCUUUCUGGAGGCCUCACAUAACACCCUUGCUGUCCUCCUCUUCCAGGGCCAGCUGCCUCUUGGUGUCUAGCACCACACAGUUGAAAGGUAGCACCAAAGACAAGGGAACUGGGAGGGAUGGGGCUGUAGGAGACUCUGUAUUAUCCAACAUUUUCCUUUAUCCGACCUUCUGCCAGCCCCUUUAUGUUGAAUAAGUGAGACUCUACUGUAUUUUUAAUGUUGAGUCAGCAAGACUUAUUAGCUUGGGACCUCAUCACAUUGAGCCAGAGAAAUGUCUUCUUCCCACUUCUCUGUGCUGCUGGCACACUGUCCCCAGAGCCCAUCAUAUGAUGUAGGACUACUUCUGGUGGGGCUUCAUGCCAGCAGUGCAGAGAAAUGGAGUUCAGAUGAGUCGGGUGUAUAUCCAACUCCUCAGAUAAGAAAGCUGGAGGAGCUGAAGAGGAAGCGGGGAACAGUGGAGAAAUGUGGAAGAAGAUAGCAUGUCCCCUGAUGAUUUAUGUAACAGAGUGUGAUGCUGUCCCGUGAUUUCCCCCGUGUCCCCCAGCUUUGUAAGGACCAUCUGAUGAGGUUUCUUUCUAAAAGAUCAGGUGAGAUGUCAAUUACUAGAAAUUGUAUAGGUGAGUAGGUAAAUCAGUGUACCUGCCUCCAUCUCCCCAAAAUAAUUUCUCUGACAACAAGAAAGGUGAAACACUUUAAGAGGAUUUUUUUACUUGGCUUUAAUUGUUUUGGCAGCAGUAGAACAGCCAUUAUGGGAUUGUAAUAAUGUACAGCGAAAGUCACAGCUCAGAGGCUACCAGGAAUCAAACCUGUGACCUUUUGCAUGUUAUACAAGUGCUCUGUGUCUGAGCUAUAUACUUACUCUCAUAUAUUAGAGCCAUUUUGAUAGUAUAAUUUGCUAGUAAAAGGCCGUUUUGAAGGGGUCCAUCCCAGGACCUCUUUUACAUCCUAAAAUCUUCAUCCAUUUACCCCUCCUGCUUUUGGCAACACAUUAUAAAUUCUUUGAAAGCCUGAAUGUCUCGGUUUAUAGGUUUCAGAUGAACAAAUGGUGCUGAAUUAGCCAACUCGGUCAAACUUGCAUAAUCUAACCAAAGGAUGCAUACUCCCUUGGCAAUUGGGAUACUUUUUUUUAAAAAACUUGCAGAAAGUUUGCCUAGAUCUGCUACAGAUGAAGGCUUUUGUUUUGUUUUUAAAGUUUUAAGGUUUCCUGUUUGGACUUCAAAAUCAGUGCUGAUCACUCAGCCUCUCCCAUUACACAAUGGCCUGGAGGAGGAGGAGGUGAUAAAUUGGAAGCAAGAUGAGUUUGUCAGAAAAAGAACAUGUCAAAACCACUUAAAAUCUUUUUUCCUUUGAAACGAGACUCGUCUAGAAAGGCUGACAGUGUUUCAGCUUGAAUAUACCUCAUUUGAUACCGUUCCUUGUGACAUCCUUGAAUUGUUGGGAAACUAAAGAAAUGCGAAGUGAACAGGACCACCGUAAAAUGAAAUGCCAAGACUUCAUUAGGGUAUGUCAGGACCAUGAAGGAAAGGGCAUAGCUAAAGUCUCACCAGAUGCUAACUUAGCAUUUGCAAUAAAAAAAACCAUGGGAUAUGGUGUGUGACACCAAAGUAAGAAAUGGAAACAAAAUACAUGUCUAGGUGGGAAUAAUGAAUACUGUUCAAAUGGGCAUCAUUUUUCCUUUCUUCGUUGCAUUCUUUCACAACUGCUCCUUACUUAAGAAUAGUUUCAGGGUUUGGAAACAUUCCUAGCUAGCAUGGUAGCUGUAAAAAGAGCCAAUGUGGUGUAGUUGUUUGAGUAUUGGACUAUGAGUCUGGAGGUCAGGGUUUGAACCAUUUGGUGACCUUGUAUAGCUAUACAGUAUCCCAGAAUACUUGUUGAGUAUCUGAACACAUACAAAGCAAUCCAUGUAAGAAGAAGGUGUAAUAUCCAAAGAGCAUAUAGUAUACAGUUAUACCAAAAUCCCCAAUACACAGCUCAAUACAGUGGCAUAAAGCAAAAUGAAAAGGAGCAGCCACUCUCAAAUGUAACAGUUCUAAAUCUGAAAUAGAUCCCAAUGUGUAUAGGCUUCAGGGAUCUGUGUCCUUGUGUGUGUAUGCGGCCAGUUGACAUAUGUCCAUCUAAUGAAUUUAAUGAAUUUAAUAGGGUUUUUAGGCAAGAGCAAGUAGCCCGGUUUAUUUGGGGGGUUUAUAGUCAUCAUUAUUGCAUUGCUAUGUUGAAAUUAUUAUUAUUAUUAUUAUUAUUAUUAUUAUUAUUAUUAUUAUUAUUAUUUUGCAUAUUUGUAUCCCGUCCUUCUCACCCCCGAGGGGGACUCAGAACAGUUUACAUCAAACAAAUUCAUAAAUAACAACUGCAAUUAAAACAGUAAUUAAAACAUUAAAUUAUUAAAACAUUCAUUUAAAAUCACACAUGUUAAUAUGCAAGUAUUAGGCCAAAUGUUCUCUCCUGAUGAUUGAAGGCCCAGGCCUGAAACAGUCAACCUUGUAUCAGCAAUGACAAAAGAAGUUAAAUGUAGACCACACUUAACAGUAGCAUUCAGUCAGAACUCGGAAAGUUAGAUUUUUGGAUCAAAUGUUACAGAAUCUGUCAGGAAGCAUGGACAGUGGCAAUUAGGCACUUGGAGCCUCACUAUGUAUUUCAGUCUAUACUAUUCUAUGUUUUCCACUUAGCAUACAUUGACAUUCUCCACAAUGCCCCAGAAUAACACUUUGGUUAUGGGGACAUUGUGAGCACUAUUAAAUGGCGAGUAAAAACUUUCACAUAGUAAAUCUGUGGAUGAGAGAAGUAUAAAUAUGGAAUGGAGAGUUUUCCACUGCAUAAUCUUUGCUUUGACAUGCAAGGAUAGCAAAGCUGUUGCACAUGUUGACCUGACAAAAACUUUGGUAAUACAUUUGUCAUAAUCUUUUGCUGCCAGGAUAUUUUAUUACAAGAUUGGACAACUUCUGACCUUUGGGAUGUUCUUAGACUGACAUUCCCACCAGUCUAGGCUAGUACAACCAGACAUUGAAAGGUAUUGGGAAUUGCAGUCCAUUGCUGUAUCCCAAACUGCCCAGCUUACAGAAUAAGGGAAAAGUUACUCUAUCAAGGAAACCACAGCACCUGUCCAGGGAAUGGGUAACACUGGGUACCAAAACUCUAUCUAGAGCUUCCAAGUUUUUUUCUAGUUCUGUCCCUGUGCUUUUCACAACAAUGCAGAAAUUAUGCAGGCAAACUUUCUCCUCAUCCAUUUGGGUAAAUUCAUGCAAGUUAAUGCCUCCCCGAGGAAUAGGUUGCAGAAGCACAUAAAGCAACCAAGGAGACAGUUAGAUCAGAGUGCCUUUCACAAGAAAUCUUUUCUGAUCCUCCACAGUUGGGAAGAUUACUACAGCAAUGUUCACAGCUGCUGUGUGGUUUGUAUACAGACUCUUUCAACAGAAAUACCUCUUAGCAUUUAACAGUGGAUCUAGAUCAGGCAUGGGC